GAAAAAAAAGUUAAAUUUGAUUGCAAGUCAUGGAUAAAUCCGAAAAAAUAAUAGUUUUUUGCAGCUUUUAAACCUGCGACGCUAAUCCCAUAUUAAGGAUGGUACAAAUCGAUUAACCUAGAGCUGACAAUUUAAUAAUCGAUUACAAUAGAGAUGAGUACAGUGCCGCGAGGAAUAUUCGUGCUGUUUGAAAGAAACGGCAGAAGAAAUAAGUACGCGAAGAGGAAGAAAAACAAAAAUUACAGCUUGUAUUUGAAGAUUUCGUCUAAAAACAAUUUGUGCGCGACAUUCGGAAGGAAUAUACAAGUGCGGCAGCAACAUUUAAAACCUCCAGCGCAAAGCUCGAGAAGAUUUUGGUAAACAAUAAAUAGAGCGAUUGUCAUGCAAGCACAAUACCAAAUCCCGCUUUCCACAUCUCCGCAACAACCGAAAGGAGUCAAUCUAUUGCAAUUGCACGCUCUGCAGUGGCUGUACGCCCAUGCGCAGCAAAAUAUGCCCGCCAAUAUGCCGGCCCAUUGCUGCCAAGGAGCCGGACAGCCGCCGUUUAAUUACGCCCAGCCAAACAUGAAUUAUUUCGCGCCACCGCACAACGGUCAGGCACAGCAGCCGUAUUUGAAUUUCCAUCCGCAGGCCGGAGUUGGCGGCAUAAGGCAGCUGUAUAAUCAUGCGCAGAGUGCCAGCCAAAAUUAUGCCCAACCGUUCAACAUUGGCCAGCCGCCCAGCAUGAGCUUUGUGCCGCCGGCGCCGUGCGGCCUAAUGCAGCAAUCGUUCAGCCCUGGCCAGCCCAAUCUCUACCAGAGCUGUGCAGUGCAGCCGCCAUAUGGUUAUGCGCCGCAUAAUAUCGCCUAUAUGCCCCCAACGUCGACGCCGGCGCAGACGCAGUGCGCCCAAAUGCAGCAGCCGUACUGUGGUGAUGUCCAGAGCAUGCAUUUUAUGCCGCCGCCGUGCGGCCCGGACCCCGGAUCCCCGCUGUGCAACGAACCCUUUGGCAAUGUGUCCCAGUUCGAGCCGGGGCAGCCGAGUGGCAAACAUGUGUAUGUGAACGGAGCACUCUAUAAUACCGAAUUGCUGGAACCGCCAUUGGAUAGUUUCAAUUCAGCCGGAGAUCCGGAAUAUCCGGCGCAUCCAUCAUUGGAAAAUGUGUCGCACGAUGAAGAGACCGUCGACACCGAAGAUGGUUACGAUCCGUUGGACGACGUAAGUAGCCUACGAAUGCCGACCCGAGUUGAAUAUUACGCUUCUCUAUUGCAGGCCAUGCCCUCAAUAUAUGGUAUACGGUUCUACAAUCCGAACUAUGGGCCCGAGGGCGCCAUACCGCCGCGAUUCAAGAGGAAAAUGUACAAUCGAAAUGCCAACAUAAAUGCCUGGCUCUCGUCGAAGCAGCCGGAAGGCGGCAUGCCGCGAUUUCAGGAUCCAUGCGCAAUGUUUCAUGGCCCCAAUGAAAAUGCAAUGGGCCGCAACAAUAGGGGCAAACAGGAGGCGGGUCAGGAGCUGAAAGAUGCCGCCACAACGGCUGCUCAACAUUUUAUCGCCUCCAUGUCGCCAAAUUCGAAGGUCAAACGCCGUCAGGGACGCAGUCGUCCACGGGGUUUCACACAAUCAUUUGGAAUCGUUGCGCCCAUCAAGCGUAACAAUUCUACGGCCAAGGAUAAUCUGUUGGCGGCCAAAAAUGUCUUAUCCUUGUUCGAUAAGAAGUCGCCGCCCAUCAGAAAAUGGGAUGACUUUGAUCCGGACAGAGGCAACAUCAAUGUGGACUGGCCUUUGCCCAACGAUGUCAAUAAAACGGGACCAAACAAUAAAUCCCAAACCAAACGUAACAUUUUUUCAAAGGAACCAACUGAUCAUUAUUUUAACUAAUCUCUGGUCUCUUAAUUUAAGACAUCACAAAUAACUUUUAACAGCAGGCCAUAUUUAAACAUAUUCUUUAACUUGACAGUUCAAAACUGCCCACUCUUUGCAAUAAACAAGAAUGGGGAAGCCCCUUUUACACUUAAAAAAAAAGAAAAAAUACUAUCGCAAACAAUUCCGAUUUGAAGCUAGAUACCUGAAUACAUUAUAUCUUAACAUAUUAGACCCUGAUACUUGGAAAUAUAUACUUGUGUAUAUCCGCAUCAGCGAAAUGUCUGCCUUGCGAAAAUCUAGUUUAAUUCUAACCUACUCACCGUUUCGGCACGCUCUCUUCUGUGGUCUCUCUCUCUCUCCAUCUCUUGUGGCAUACUGGAUUACCUAAAAAGAAAUAAGAUGUAAUUUGAAAAAGGGAGCAACUCUGCUAAGCUAUAGAAAAGGCAACAUUUAUCGCCUUUCUAUGCGAUUUUCAUAAAUGCAGCUAAGGCAACAUGAUCUUACAUGAUGUUCAUUUAAACGGUUUUCGAUUUAGGUUUUUGUUGAUUAUCACAAGCCAGCUUGAUAAUUAAUGCUACAUCAGCUCAUAUUCACACCGGGUGCACAACAAUUUAGAAAAUAUGCUCUGUUUAUUUAUUGAUUGUUAUAUAGUAAAUAUGGUUUUGUUUUCUGUUAAUGCAUUUUCGUUGUGUUUGUUGGUGACUUAGAUCUCAUGGCGCAGGCCGUGAUAUGAGAUCUGUUUCUGGGCAGGAGCAC